GAGAGAGAGAGAGAGAGAGAGAUGAGGAUUUCCUUUGCCUUUUGUGGGUUGAUGUUUUUGGGUUUUUGCCUCCUCAUUUGGGAGGCAGAAGCUGGUAUCAGUAGCAGCGACGAUCAAGAGAGAGACAGGAUAAUUGAGCUUCCUGGUGAGCCUGCAAACGUUGUUGAUUUCUCUCAGUAUUCAGGCUAUGUCACAGUGGACCAAAACGCAGGCAGGGCGCUGUUCUACUGGCUCACUGAGUCACCCACACGCCCUUCUUUGCGGCCUCUCGUGUUGUGGCUCAACGGUGGGCCGGGCUGCUCCUCAGUGGCUUAUGGUGCUGCUGAAGAGCUGGGCCCUUUCCACAUCAAUCCUGAUGGAAAAUCCCUCUUCCUCAACCCCUAUGCCUGGAACAAGUUGGCCAACAUUCUGUUCCUUGAUUCGCCCGCUGGCGUGGGUUUUUCGUAUUCCAAUUCAUCUUCUGAUUUGAAACAUCCGGGAGACAACCAAACAGCGGCGGAUGCAUAUGCCUUCCUUGUCAACUGGUUGGGAAGGUUUCCUCAAUACAAGUAUCGAGAGUUCUACAUAGCUGGAGAGAGUUAUGCAGGGCACUAUGUUCCACAGUUGGCCCAACUCAUCUACCAAAGGAACAAAGGGCUCCCAAAUCCUAUAAUAAAUUUUAAGGGGUUCAUGGUGGGCAAUGCGGUUACUGAUGAUUACCAUGAUUACGUGGGAACUUUUGAGUACUGGUGGACACAUGGUUUGAUUUCAGAUGGAACGUACCGUGUUCUGAGAUUAGCUUGUGAUUUUGGGUCCGCUAUGCACCCCUCUGUGGAAUGCAUCAAGGCUCUUGAUCUUGCUAAUCUGGAACAAGGAAACAUUGAUCCCUACAGCAUAUAUUCUCCACCUUGCAAUGCUAGUGCCACACUCAAGAACAAACCAAGAGGCCACUAUCCUUGGAUGUCAAGGGCAUAUGAUCCAUGCACCGAAAGACACUCCAAGGUGUACUUCAAUCUUCCUGAGGUACAAAAGGCCCUUCAUGCCAAUGUUACUGGAAUUCCAUACCCUUGGGCAACUUGCAGUGAUGUUGUUGGGAACAACUGGCAAGAUUCUCCUAAAUCUAUGCUUCCAAUCUAUCAGGAACUUAUAGCAGCUGGUUUCCGUAUCUGGGUCUUUAGUGGUGAUACUGAUUCAGUUGUACCAGUGACAGCAACACGAUACUCUCUAGACGCACUCAAACUCCCUACCUUGACGAACUGGUAUCCCUGGUAUGACAACGGAAAGGUUGGUGGGUGGAGUCAAGUCUACAGAGGUUUGACUUUUGUGACAAUAACAGGAGCUGGUCAUGAAGUUCCACUCCAUCGCCCUCGGCAAGCAUUCAUAUUGUUCAAGUCCUUCUUGCAGAAUAUGCCUCUACGACAUUCUUGAUUUGUAUUUUUGCGAGUGGAGGCACCCCUGCCGGGCGUCUAUUCUUGCCUGGUUGCUGUUAUCCUGGUGCCUCAUCAUUGCACAUCAAAAUGAUGGUGAUUUAUCUGAUUUAUUUGUAAUGUAAUUUAUAUGUCCCGGUCAAUGUAAUUUAUCUAGGUUCCACUCCAUCUCUCACCUUAGACCGAUGGUUUGGACUAUAAUUGCAGUGAAAUAAAAGGCCUUUUAUUUUAUUUUA